GCAUGUCCCUCAUGGACUGUAAAUUCUUUGAGGGUUAGAACAGUGUCUUGACAUCAUGUUUCUUUUCUGAAGUGAAAGGCAUUUGAGUACCACAUCCUCCAACCUCACAGGUUCUCUUUGAGCUCUCAUCCUCUGAGAGGCUAUGAGUUUGCUGAGCUCUUACUGCCACAUAUGCAGCCAUAUACCAAAAACUGGACCCAGGUAAGUGAGUUUGUCAUGAUGGGCUUUGCUGGCAGCCGUGAAGCACACCUCCUCUUCUUCACACUCUUCCUCACCAUAUACCUGUUCACCUUGGUGGAGAAUUUGGCCAUCAUUUUAGUGGUGGGCUUGGACCACCGACUACGGAGACCCAUGUAUUUCUUCCUGACACACUUGUCCUGCCUUGAAAUCUGGUAUACCUCUGUUACAGUGCCCAAGAUGCUGGCUGGUUUUAUUUGCGUGGAUGGUGGCAAGAAUAUCUCUUAUGCUGGCUGCCUGUCCCAGCUCUUUAUCUUCACCUUCCUUGGGGCAACUGAGUGUUUCUUACUGGCUGCCAUGGCCUAUGACCGUUAUGUGGCCAUUUGUAUGCCUCUCCGCUAUGGGGCCUUGGUGUCCUGGGGCACCUGCAUCCGUCUGGCAGCUGCUUGUUGGCUGGUAGGCUUUCUCACACCCAUCUUUCCAAUCUACCUCAUGUCUCAGCUGACAUUUUGUGGCCCAAAUGUCAUUGACCACUUCUUCUGUGAUGCUGCACCCUUGCUAGCCUUGUCGUGCUCAGAUGUCACUUGGAAUGAGACUGUGGAUUUUCUGGUGUCUCUGGCUGUGCUACUGGACUCCUCUGUGGUCAUUGUUGUGUCCUAUGGCAACAUUGUCUGGACACUGCUGCACAUCCGCUCAGCUGCCGAGCGCCAGAAGGCCUUCUCUACCUGUGCAGCUCACCUGAUGGUGGUGAGCCUCUUCUAUGGCACUCUUUUUUUUAUGUAUGUUCGGACCAAGGUGACUUCUUCCAUCAACUUCAACAAGGUGGUAUCUGUCUUCUACUCCAUUGUCACACCCAUGAUCAAUCCUCUCAUCUACAGCCUUAGGAACAAGGAGGUGAAGGGAGCUCUGGGUAGAGUCUUUUCUCUCAAGUUUUGGAAGGGACAGUGAGGAGGCAGAUGGGAACCCAGUUUCCUUGCCUUGGAUAUUUAAAAAGAGGUUGGUCAAUAACAUUUAAGUUGAGACCAAAUCAAGAAUGCAGUUCCAUUUAUAACAGCCACAAAAAGAACAAGACCUAGGAAUACAACUAACCAAGGAGGUGAAAGAUGUUUAUAAGGGGAACUACAAUACACUGCUAAAAGAAAUCAGAGAUGACACAAACAAAUGAAAAAACAUUCCAUGCUCACAGACUGAAAGAA